GAAAAAGUCGAAAAAAAUCGCUGUGUGAACUGUGAAGGACUGCAGGUGGAGGGAAACAACGUUCCGGUAAGGUGCCAUCUCACCCGCUGCCAAAGCUCUGCUCUCCGCAAGGCUGGCCGAUCGCGCUGGACGGAAUGAGGCCUGACCAAUGUCACCGUGGGAAAAACGGUUGGAAGCCCACAGCCCGACGCUAGCUUUAUCUGGCAGCUUGGUCGCGCUUAGCCGGAUUCGGAUACCGUGUCUAGUCUACAGUUUCUCACCUCCAAAACACGGUACAUCACCACUCAGGAAAAGUCCAGAUCCACGCACUUGGUCUAUCGAUUAAUGAUGAUGACUACUGUCUGAUGCAGACCGAACAUUUCAUCGAAGAAUUACCUACCUUAACAUUCAAAAUUCAGUCUAUUCUCUCGUGUCUUUCGCCAAUCAGAUGGCUCUUUGUCUGAACUUCUGCCUUGAUCAAUUUGACGCCUUCCUUUGAUCAACUUAACCGCCACAAUGAAGUUUGCGACAAGUCUAUAUCGAUCUGUCCGUCCAACAUUUGGAAGCCCUUUGAUCCGACCCCUGCAGCCUGUUCGCCAGGCUCGCUUCCAGGCAUUUGAAGCAGAUUUUGAUCCUGAAGAGCUAGAAAAGGCAAGAUCAUGGCAUAAGUCCUUUAAUGGCAGUCAACUCCCCAAGGGGCAAACAACCUAUGCUCGCUCCAGCGGUCCGGGCGGUCAGCAUGUCAACAAAACGGAGAGCAAAGCAGUCACUGUUUGGCCUAUCAAGGACAUCUUACCAGUCUUGCCCAAAUUGUUACACCAAGGCAUCAGGGCAUCAAAAUACUACACAGCUAGAUCUGACUCCCUGACAUUCCAAGCUCAGACGCACCGCCAGAGAGAUGCCAACUCGGAGGAAAACCAGCAAAAGCUUAUCGACGAGAUCAAGAGGAUAUAUCAAGAGACAGUCCCUGGCGAAACAAGUUCUGACAAGAAGAAGAAGCAUGCUGAGAUAGCAAAAUCAUUCAACGAGGGACGACUGAGGCAGAAGAAACAAAUGAGCACCAAGAAGCAGAAUCGACGUUCUUUCGACUGA